AUGGCGCCGAAUAAUAACAGUCCGCUGUUCGCUUCAGGACGACCUUCUUCCUCGAAUUCCGAAGAAAGAGCUGCGGCCGAAGACGACGCUCUUCUUGGUAAUCGACGUAAGGAUUUCUACGAGUCAACCAAGAGACCUGGUGUCUGGCGAGAGAUUGGGCUCUUUACAUGGGCUGUUGUUGCUACCGCCGCUGUCAUCGUCCUAGGCGUUCUAUUGUCGCAAAGCCAACAAGCCCCGAAGGAGAAGAAGCAAAAUGGGAAGCGCAAUCUUAUUUUCAUGGUGAGUGACGGAAUGGGCCCGGCAUCUUUGAGCUUAACGAGAGGCUUUCGACAAUUUCAAGGAGAUUUACCUAUGAACGAUAUCCUCCAACUCGAUAAACAUUUUAUCGGAUCAUCCCGCACGAGAUCGAGCAGCAGUCUUAUUACAGACAGUGCCGCAGGAGCUACAGCAUUUAGUUGUGGAAGAAAGAGCUACAAUGGUGCUAUUUCUAUGUUGCCGGAUCACACUCCCUGCGGUACUGUCCUUGAAGCUGCAAAAAAGGCUGGAUACACAACUGGCUUGGUUGUUACAACAGACAUAACGGAUGCGACCCCUGCUUGCUUUGCAGCGCAUGUCGAUUAUCGAAUGCAAGAGGACUCGAUAGCUUUACAGGAGGUUGGCGAACACCCUCUUGGACAUAGAGUUGUUGAUUUAAUGCUGGGUGGUGGACGCUGUCACUUUUUACCCAAUACAUCAGAAUCGAGUUGUAGAGCCGACAGUCGCGAUGUCACCAAAUUGGCGCAAGACAAAUACGGGUGGACAUACAUUGAUACCAGAGAGGACUUCGACAAAUUGAAGCUCGGAAAGAAGGUUCAGCUGCCAUUGUUAGGCCUCUUUUCUGAUACAGAUAUACCUUUCGAGCUUGACCGACGAAACAUGAACGAUGUCUAUCCCUCUCUCGAUGAAAUGGCAAGAACAGCUUUAACCGCACUCGAAGCUGCAACAAAAGAUAGUGAUCAAGGAUUCUUCCUUAUGAUCGAGGGUAGUCGCAUUGAUCAUGCUGGCCAUGGCAAUGACCCAGCUGCGCAAGUUCAUGAAGUGCUCGCCUACGAUCGAGCUUUCCAAAGUGUGAUUGAUUUCCUGGGCAAGAGUGAUACCGAAGGUGCCCUUGUUGCUACAAGUGACCACGAGACUGGGGGUUUGGCUGUUGCAAGACAACUUAAUCCUUCAUACCCUCAAUAUCUAUGGUAUCCCGAGGUAUUAGCAAAUGCUUCCCAUUCUUCAGAAUAUCUUUCGAGGGCUUUGCGGGCUCAUAUUGCUUCCUCCGGUGCAGCAAACGAAGGAGACGCCGUGUAUAGGAGAUUCGUGAAAGAGAAGCUUGUCGAGGAGGGUCUUGGAGUCAUAGAUGCAAGUGACGAAGAGAUCGACCUUAUCAUUGGCAACCCGGCUCUUUCUGCUUAUGCUUUUGCAGAUAUCAUCAGCCGUAGAGCACAGAUCGGUUGGUCGACUCACGGACACUCCGCCGUUGACGUCAACAUUUAUGGCUAUGGUGCUGAAGUGCUUCGUGGAAACCACGAGAACAUCGAAGUCGGCGAAUUUUUGAGCGAUUAUCUCAACGUCGAUGUUGAUGCAGUCACAAUAGAAUUAAACAGCAACAAGGCUAGUAGUCAAACUUUCUCAGUUGCCUCAAAGCCUGAUGUUCCAAAUUUUGGACAUUAUGAGGAAAGACUCAAAAAGAACUUGCUACAAUAG